CAGUGUCAUAACUCGGCGCAUACCGCUGGUAGCAAGCUUCAUCGAAGGUGUACUGUACAGCAUCCCGGCGGAAUGCGCUGAUAACUGACAGAGGAUUUGCACGGGUUUUUCUUUCGCAUAUCAAUUUAUUGUGUUCGUCAACCAAAUCGUAUUCACAAUGAAGGAAAGGAGACUUACCCAGCCUCUGGUGGCGAGAUGUAAACUGGUGUUGGUUGGGGAUGUUCAAUGCGGAAAAACGGCGAUGUUGCAAGUCCUUGCCAAGGAUUCCUAUCCUGAGACCUAUGUUCCAACAGUAUUUGAGAACUACACAGCGUGUCUGGAGCUGGAGGAGCAGCGCGUAGAGCUCAGUCUCUGGGACACGUCAGGCUCUCCGUACUACGAUAAUGUCAGACCCCUGUGCUACAGCGACUCAGACGCUGUGCUCCUCUGUUUCGACAUCAGCCGCCCAGACUCAUUUGACGGUGCACUGAAAAAGUGGAAGACAGAGAUCCUGGAUUUCUGCCCCAGCACACGCAUCCUACUGAUAGGCUGUAAAACAGACCUGCGCACGGACGUGUGCACGCUUAUGGAGCUGUCCAAUCAGAAGCAGACACCCAUCUCACAUGAGCAAGGGUCCUCCAUGGCCAAGCAACUAGGUGCGGAGGCCUACCUGGAGUGUUCAGCCUUCACCUCAGAGAAGAGCAUCCACAGUGUGUUCCGUACUGCAGCCCUGGCCUGCAUCAACAAGCUGCAGCCCUCCACCAAGCCCAGCCCUGCCCGACGCCUUUCCAAGAGACUCCUCUUUCUGCCCGGCAAGUCUGACCUCCUCUCCUCCACCUUUGGCAAGGACAAGGCCAAGGGCUGCUCCAUUAUGUGAGGGAAGGGAGUAGAACCCAGACAGUGGUGGCCAGAGAGGCACUCCAUUGACCGGUCCAGCGGAUAAAGGGGGGUGCGGGGUGGGGAAGGGAAGGGAAAGUAAGGGGGAAGGAAGGGGUUUCUGUUUAAUCCCUCUGGCCUCCCCAAACAUCCUCCCCACCCCCACUGACGGCCCUCUUUAAAAAAAAGAAUGCUACCCCUCCAUGGUUUACUCUGUGUAGUCUAUACUGGUCUUCUUCAUGACCCCCCCAUCCCCCAAAAACACAUACACAACAGAUCCACACACAGACACACACUUCACCAGCAUACUGUAGGUUAGUGCAGACUUCCUUUUAUAAUGCUAGUGAGAGUGAAAUGAUAUAAGAAAACAUCAAUUGUAAACACAGCAUCUCACCUCUUUGUAAUGUUGAUGUGUGUACCAUCCAUCAUCCUUGCCCUAAAUUAAACUUGAAUAUGUUAACGUUAAAAUGGGGAUCUUUGCUAAAAAAAAAAGGAUGAGGUGGCCACCUCUACAUUCCUGGCAAUGAGAGGGAACGGUACCCAGAGUACCCAGUGUGACGCAACUGGGGAGGUUUGAGAGAGUGGGCCUUAAAUGAAAUUAUUUCCAUGGCGACCUCUACAGUAUUUUUUUAGGACAUUGAAUCUGUCAGCAAUGAAACAGGGUCUGGAGGAGGGAUAUGGCAAGCACACCGCUCUUAAAAGAGGUCGUGGGGAGGAUAGAUUGCGCGAGUCUGAAGGAGUGCUAUGUGACUGAACAUUCACACGGGCUGAGAGCAGAAGAAAAAGAACUGAGGAUGAGAGAGAGACUUGUUUUUCUUCCUCCUUUAGUCAGCCACUCUCUUUUUCAUCUCAAGGUGUUUAACUUCAGACGUUGAUGGAGUGGGGUGAUAUUUAUAAGGCCACUUUUACUGUCCAAUAGUCUUUGAUAUUUGAUUUACCAGAAGGAGAAGAGUCCCCCCUGGUUCCUCUAAGCCUCAUUUGGAUCAUUCUUAAAUCCUCUGACCUUGCGUUUACGUAACACAUAAAAGGUCAAUCAUUCUUCACUAUGAGCUUUUAACCGUAGCAUUGAAGGAGUCAGGAGCUCACUCACUACGCCUCGAGAAGCUUACCGGUGGCAGGGAUAAGCUGAUCAUGUCAUUGUCAACACUGGGUUGAAAGAGAAGUCUCCUUGCUCCGCGAUUGGUCACCUGAGAUGAGACUCUCUGGAGUCGUCAUUCUUGUAGUGUGGCUAGUCACGAUAGUACAGGAUCAAAGCCUUUACAAAGCUGGGUAUCUCAUUCAUACUGUGUGAAGGAGAGCUUAAGAAAUGUAGAUGGGGUAAAGGGUCCUGGGUGUGGU